AUGAAGGAAGAGUCUCCCGUCUUGUACCAGAACCCCGGCAUGGGUGAGCGGAUCGGUUCGUACGCCAAGAUGCACAGCACCAGCGUCCCCCAGAACAUCAUUGACUAUCAUGAGCACAUCCGCGAAAAGAUGCCGGCCACCGCCAAUUACAUGGUCUCCAUCUCCCAGGCGCAAGCGAUGCAUUUUCUUGCCAAGACGGUCGGGGCAAAGAGAAUUCUGGAAGUUGGUGUCUACGUCGGACUCUCCAGUCUGGUGUGGAGCAAUGUUGUCGGCGAGAAUGGCAAAGUGACGGGUUUGGAGUUUGACCCAGCCUUUGCCAAACAGGCCGAGGAGACGUUUGCAAAAUACGGUGUCGAGAAUGUGGAAAUUCUUGUUGGCGACGCCCUCGAGGUCCUGCCCACGCUUGCCCCCGAUGAGCCGUACGACAUCAUCUUCAUUGACGCGCAAAAGUCCGGCUACCCUCAGUACCUCGAUACGAUUCUCAAGCUGUCCCAGCCCGGCUCCAGCAAGCGUCUGCUUCGCGCGGGUGGCCUGAUUAUCGGCGACAACGUCCUGCGCUGCGGCUUCGUUGCAGACGACAGCGAGGGCAAUCCCUGGCGCGAGUACGACUUUGGCCCGCAUCGCAAGGAGUACUGGAAAUCGGAAGACAUUCAGUCUCUGCGAAAAUACAACGACGCUGUAUCUGGCAGCGAGCGUCUUGAGAGUUGGCUGUGCCCACUCUGGGAUGGGGUCAACUUGGCCCGUCUGCUUGACUAG